GGCGUUGCUAGCCCUUGACCGGACUUCAAAGCUUCACCACUGACCAAAUGUCGGGUUACACCAAGGACAUGAACGACAGCUAUACUGAGGCGCUGCAGGCCCUGUUCAACUCGCUGGCACCCAAAGGACCUGACACGAGCCCCUCUUCAAAGCUAGCACCUUCGCAAUUCAAACAUCUCGCUGAUAAAAUAGAUGAGAUCCUCGAUGGCGCAAGUGAGGGUGAAGCCUUGCAACGGAAUGAGAAGGGCGAACUUCUCAACGACGAGGGUCUCCCGAUCAUAGACAUCACUGAACCUGCUGCAGAUAUCAGUGACAUUGACUCUCCAGCGGCUUCGUUUCAUGAGCCAGAUCUCAUACCAGAAUCAUCUCUAUCUCCUUCGGAGAGGGAACAGCGCCGUCGCACACGAGAUCACAUUCUGGCCAUGCUUGAAGAAGAGGAACAAUCACAGUUGGAAAGAGACGAAGCAGAAGAAAGGGAGAAGCGGAUGGAGGAUAUACGUAAGCGUAAGGAGGCCGCGAAAGCAGAAAUGGAGCAGUUAAGGGCAGCCAAAGAAAUGCAGAAGAAAAUGGGGAAGGCCCUGCUGAAAAACCUUGCAGAAGCCAGGGAAAAGGAGGAGCGGAAGCUAAAAGAUCUUAUCGAAAAGGAGCCUCCCAAAUCGGAAUCCUCCAAACCGAAGAAGACUGUUACUUUUGCUAAUCCCAGUUCGCCGGAUGAAUCAUCUGCUACAAGGGAGAGUCAAACUACUGGAUCAUCCAUUGAUUGGGGACGUCAUCCCAUGAAGAUGCACGUGGUGGAGCGACAUCCAGCUUCGUACCAGUCAUCGUCAGAACUUCAGCCUGAAGGUGAUUCGGAUGAUGAACCCUUUUCCACGACGUCCUCGACACCUGAUGAAGUAGAAAAUAUGCCAUACGAGUCUUACACUUCGGGCAGUGACGACGACGACGACAAAUCGGAUGAGGGUUUGCUGGAAGAGGAAUUUGAUUGGGAUUCCGCACAGCACCAGCGAGAAGUGGCCCUGGAGUAUUAUAAGAAGCGUCAUGCUAUUGGUGCAGAGGCUGCCCGAGCGAUGACUUCACACACACACGAUGAUGAAGAAUGGAACCAAGGGGAUAUUGCCCCAGAUCGGCACUCGAAACCUAGUGUAUCGCGCUUCAGGGCUGAUCGUAUGGCUACGGCAUAUGACAAAUCUACCUCUACUUCGCUUGGUCCAUCAGUUAUUCCAGCCUCUCGACAAAGAUCCUUGCAAGAAGCUAUCCGGUUGGGAAAAAUUGACAACAACUAUCUUGUUGGCGGCGAGGAGGGGGAAAGCGGGAGUGAGGAUGAGGCUGUCCGAGAGGUCUUGGAGCUUCUGAGAAAUGGCCGCAUCCAUAAUGCUGGUGCUGGCCUCACGAGCUCGACUGUGGCAGAAUUAAGCGCAGGUUCUGCGAGGAGCGCGGCAGGCACAGUUGCCAGCGUUCUGGGUGGAAAGAUUUCUAGGUUCAAAGCAGAGAGGAUGUAGAAUGCACCUCAGCGUGCCAGUAUGAUGGACGAUGAUCGAUGAACA